UUCACCUCAACCCUAAUCUCCCGAUAACAACUAUAUAUAUAUCAUUUCAUAUCUAAACUCCACUUCACUUAAUACUUCUUGAUUCCCUUAUAUAAAUGGAGGGUAGUUUGUUUAAGGUUGUGUUUCUUUUGCUUGUGUUGAAUAUCAUUAACACAGUAGUGCAUGGCCAAGGGACACGUGUUGGAUUCUAUUCAACUACAUGUCCUAAAGCUGAAUCCAUUGUUAAGUCCACAGUUGCAUCUCAUGUUAACUCCGAUUCAACCGUGGCUCCUGGUUUACUUAGGAUGCACUUCCAUGAUUGCUUUGUUCAAGGUUGCGAUGCAUCUGUUCUUGUUUCCGGAUCAAGUACCGAGAGAACAGCAUUUCCAAACCUCGGUUUAAGAGGCUAUGAAGUUAUCGAUGAUGCUAAGACACAGCUCGAGACCGCGUGUCCCGGUGUUGUUUCUUGUGCUGAUAUUCUCGCUCUUGCUGCUCGUGAUUCCGUUGUUCUGAGUGGUGGACUGAGUUGGCAAGUGCCUACCGGACGAAGAGACGGUCGCGUGUCACAAGCAUCAGAUGUCAAUAACUUACCUGCUCCUACUGAUUCAGUUGAUGUGCAAAAACAAAAGUUUGCAGCAAAAGGCCUUAAUACUCAAGAUCUAGUAACCCUAGUUGGUGGACAUACAAUUGGUACAACUGCAUGUCAAUUCUUCAGCAACAGAUUGAGAAACUUCACUACAAAUGGUGCGGCUGAUCCUUCCAUUGACCCUUCAUUUCUUUCUCAAUUACAAACACUUUGUCCUCAAAACAGUGGUGCUACUAACCGAGUUGCUUUGGAUAAUGGAAGCCAAAACAAAUUUGAUAGUUCUUACUAUGUUAAUCUAAAGAAUGGACGUGGAGUUCUUCAAUCAGAUCAGGCGUUGUGGAAUGACGCUUCCACGAAGACUUUUGUGCCGAGAUAUUUGGGUUUAAGAGGGUUGCUUGGAUUAACAUUUAAUGUUGAAUUUGGAAAAUCAAUGGUGAAGAUGAGCAACAUUGGAGUGAAGAUAGGUGUUGAUGGUGAAAUUCGCAAGAUAUGUUCUUCUUUCAACUAAAUGAAAUAGUGAUUUUAUUGAUUUGUUUGUAUUGUUGGCAUAUUCAUUAUUGAAGUACUGAAUAAAAUUUACUUGUAAUAUUUCUUUUUGGUUUCCAUGUUCAUACAAAAUAUA